AUGAGUGAAUAUGAGGCAACAGAUAAAGGGUCGCUAUCUGAGAAAGUUAUCUUGGAGUUUGCUGAACUGCAAAUCCAAUUCCAAACCAGAUUUGAUAGUAUCAAGCUGGUUGAUACCAUUCCUAAACCUGCUGUUACCGCUAAUGAACUGCCAAUUAAUAAUUUUGUGAAACCUCAGUUGCAGAUACCUACAUUUUCAGGCGAACCUCAUGAAUGGAAUGUUUUCAAAAAUGUUUUUGAUGCUGCUGUUCACACCAGUAAAGACUAUUCCAGUGAGGCCAAAUACCAUCUUCUAACUUCAUAUUUAAGUGGUGAUGCUUUGACCUUGGUUCAAAAUUAUGCCAACACCACUGAAUGCUACAAAGCUGCCUAUGACAGCUUGCACAAACGAUACAACAAUAUCUGGUAUCAAGCAUAUAGUUUAUAUAAUACCUUUGUUCCUUCUACUACUCUGGCUGAAACUUUGAAAAAAUUUUCUAUCGAGCUCAACUCAGCCAAACGAUCGCUAUUUAACAUGAACCUGAACCAAGCUGAUUUUUUGAUUACCAUGAUGUGCAUCCGCAAAUUACCGCUUUCUGUCCGCACCAAAUUUGGAGAAUCCAUACCAGAUGAUCAAGUUCCCACCUUUGACCAUUUAUUGAGUUUUGUGGCUAGUCAAGAAAAAUCUCUGGAAGUGACCGCACUAACCCGCAAAUAUGAACAAGUAAUUAGCGCCAGCAUUGAAUAUGUAGAUCCCGUUUCUGUUAAAGCUGAACCUAGCACAAGUAAUUAUCAACAGAGAAAGCAGCCCUUUUCUUCAACUAAAACUGGGUAUCCAAUCAGUGGUGGCAUUUGUGUUCUUUGUUCAGAAGGACAUCAAUUGUAUAGAUGCGACAUUUUCAAAAGAGAAUCUGUAUCCAAACGCAAUCAAAUUGUAAAGCAACACAAAAGGUGCUUUGUUUGCCUAGGGUCUCACCUGAAAGCAAAUUGCAACUCAACGAUUUGCUGCAAGAACUGCCGAUCUAAUCACCAUCAUACGCUUCUGUGCAACAACGCUAAUAAUCUUCAAUCAUUACUUUUUAAAGAACAACGCUCUGAACAUCGGUUUGCUGAGCCACACCAAGCACCAAAUCAAUAUGGACGCCCGCAUACCGGUACUAGCCGAAACGCUGCGCACCAUGCGCCUCCUCCUGGUUUCAACCCGCUACCUGUGCCGACUUUUGCCGCUGCCCCACCGCAACCGCCAGUAAGCUCUUAUCAUGCAUUUUCUAGCAGCGCACCAAACCUGGCUAUCAGCUCUAAUCUGCCUCCUAGUUCGCCGCCAGUCAACAGUUGUCCAUCUCCGCCCGUAAGUUCAAGCCCUGCCUCCAGUGCACAAUACGUAACAAACAGUUCUCUAUCUUCUAUACCACAUACUUUUAGUGGCUGCACUCAGGUGAAGGCCGUACAUGCUUCUGCUUUACUUGGAACUGCUGUCGUUACAGUCUUGAACCAAUACAAUCAACCCUUCUUGUUGCGUGCUGUGUUGGACUCUGGUUCCAUGCGCUCCAUUAUCACCACCCGAGCCGCCACCGCAAUGGGUUUAGUUGUUGUGCCCACUCAAAUCCAACUGAAUGGAAUCUCUGAAAAAAGGACAUCUGUCAAAGGCAUUGUGCAGUUAAGAAUAUUGUCAGAACCUCAAUUUGAUAUUGCUUUUUCUACCAAAGCUCUUGUAUUAGAUCAAAUUGCUGGCAAUCUUCCUGUCUUUCCGCUUCACCCCGCACUAAAGAACUCGUUUGCGCAUCUGGACCUCGCUGAUCCUAAUUUAGAUGAGCCUGCUGAAAUCGACCUACUGAUUGGUGCCGAUUUAUACUCCAACAUCUUUAUAUCCGCAGAAAAUUCCAUUAUUCCUGGUAACCCUGCCGCCUUUGCCACAAUCUGUGGUUACGUUUUAAGUGGUAGAUUGAAUAUUGAGGACUCGCCCGCACCGCUCAACGAAAUGCAGCUCAUUUGCACUAUGUUUACACAGGAAGCACAGCUCAACACCAUCAUGAACAAAUUUUGGGAAACCAAAGAGGCCAUCCCCGUUCGAAAAGAGUCAUCGCCCGAAGACGAGUUGUGUGAGAAACUGUACCAAUCCACUACUUAUCGCACCUCUGAAGGAAGGUAUGUUGUGGCACUGCCUUUCAAACCUGGCGCUCCCGCUCUGUGCAAUAACCGCAGCAAGGCAUACCACAAUCAGUUAGGACUACUGAAAAAACUGAGUCAAUCUGAUGAACUUGAAACCAAAUACUCUGACUUCUUGCAUGAGUAUCGUGACUUAGGUCACUUGAAAAUCGCUGAUUCCGCUGUAGAUUACAUCAUACAUCACGCAAUAUUCAAGAAAAACGACAACACUCAAAAAAUUCGAGUUGUUUUCAAUGCAUCUAGCAAAGACGCCAAUGGGCUCUCACUUAACGAUGUGUUGCUGCCUGGAGCUAAACAUCAAACAAACAUAGUCCAAGUGUUAACCCGCUUUCGUUCAUACCGCUUUGUCAUCCUUGCAGACUGUAAACAAAUGUACAGACAAAUCUUGCUGAGACCUGAAGACCGCCAGCAUCAACAUAUAUUUUGGAAACCCACCCACCAAGAAAAAAUUCAAGAAUUUGAACUGUUAACAGUUAAAUACUUAUGGAGUAUCUUCUAG